CUCGUGUUUUACUGCAAUGGAGUUGAUGGCUGCAGGAGAUGAGAAGGGAGUUGGAGAAGACUUUACACAGGACGGGACUACAGACUUAAAGGGUAAUUCCGUCUUAAGAUCAACUUCAGGGCGAUGGAAAGCUUGUUACUUCAUGCUGGGCUAUGAAGUGUGUGAAAGAAUGGCGUACUAUGGAAUUGCAACGAAUUUGGUGUUAUACUUGACAAGGGAAUUACAUCAAGGCACUGUGAAAUCAUCAAACAAUGUCACGAAUUGGAGUGGCACCGUGUGGAUGACUCCUAUAUUGGGUGCAUAUAUUGCUGAUACAUACUUGGGAAGAUAUUGGACUUUCAUGAUCGCCUCUAUCAUUUCUCUUCUGGGCAUGUGCUUAUUGACUCUUGUGGUUUCAUUACCAUCCGUAAAGCCACCAUCAUGUGGCGAAGAUGUGAGUUACCUAGACUGCGAUAAAAGGGCCACUUCUUUCCAAGUUGGUAUCUUCUAUUGUGCACUCUACAUUAUCGCGAUUGGGACAGGUGGAACUAAGCCCAAUAUCUCGACAAUGGGUGCAGACCAAUUCGACGAUUUUGACCCCAAAGAAAAAGCCCAAAAGCUCACUUUCUUUAAUUGGUGGAUGUUUAGUGCCUUUUUUGGCACCCUCUUCGCAAAUACAUUCUUGGUGUACAUUCAAGAUAAUGUAGGUUGGGGAUUCGGGUAUGCUAUCCCUACAUUAGCUCUAGUUGUGGCCAUAGUAAUGUUUUUCUUUGGGACACCCGUUUAUAGACACAAGCCAACUUCAGAAAGCCCGUUUAGUAAAAUGGCCAAAGUAUUAGUUGCGGCUGCAAGAAAGAGAAAUGUAGUUGUACCCAUUGACCCUAACGAGCUUUACGAGUUGAGUUCAGAUGAGUACUCCAGUUUGGGAAAGCCUAAAAUUAACUACUCAUCUUCACUAAGGUUCCUUGACAAAGCUGCUGUGAGGAUUGAAGAACCAAUUUCUGAAUGGAAACUAUGUCCAGUGACUCAAGUAGAGCAAACAAAACAAAUGAUAAAAAUGGUCCCAAUCUUGAUAGCAACAUUCAUUCCUAGUACAUUGUUGGCCCAAAGUCACACACUUUUCCUCAAACAAGGCACCACGUUGGUGCGGUCCAUGGGCCCAUAUUUUGAGAUGCCACCAGCUUGUCUAGCCGUAUUCACCACAAUCUCCAUGCUUAUCACCAUUGUUGUUUAUGACCUUUACCUUGUUCCCUUGGUUAGAAGAUAUACGAAAAAUCCAAGAGGCAUCACAUUGUUGCAACGAAUGGCAAUUGGCAUAGCUCUCCAAAUCAUUACUAUGAUCAUUGCCAGUAUAGUAGAAAGUCGACGACUACAUGUAGCUAGAGAUCAUGGUAUAGUUGAGAAAGGGAAAACUGUGCCUCUAAGUAUAUUCAUUCUUCUUCCUCAAUUUGCAUUGAUGGGUAUUGCUGAUUGUUUCUUAGAAGUAGCAAAACUUGAGUUUUUCUAUGAUCAAGCACCCGAAGGAAUGAAAAGUCUUGGGACGGCUUAUUUUACAACUAGCCUUGGUAUCGGGUUUUUUCUUAGUAGUUUCAUCCUAUCGAGUGUGGCUAAUGUUACAAAACGUUAUGGACAAAAAGGUUGGAUCCUUGACAACCUCAACAUAUCACACCUAGAUUAUUACUAUGUCUUUUUCACGGUUUUGUGCUCCAUGAACUUCCUUUUCUUCCUCCUUGUCGCGAAAAACUUUGACUACAAAGCUGAAGUGGAUGAAACAAGAAAAUAGUUGUAAAAAGAGAUUAGAAAGUUUGAAGAACAAGUUGCAACAUCUCAAUAUGAUCCUCAAUUUUAGCAUUUUUUUUUAACUUGGAGAUGUUGUCUUAGA